CCUGUCUGCUUCGUUUUCGAACGCAGAAACCCGACAUAAACUGUUUUGGCCAAAACUCCUCGCUAAUAUUUUUUCCUUUUAUCUGAUAAGAAUGUAUGCAUCUCCACUGCGUGACGCCUUGCUGCCAUCCAACCGGAAUAAUGGAGCGGAUUCUAGUUUCCAUCCUAGGUUUUCACUGUCACCUAACGAAAGUGCUGCAGAAACUGUGUCCCCUCCUACUUCUAAUGUAUGCCUAAAGCCCCUAAUGGGUUAUCAACAAGGUGAUGAGACGUACUAUAUUGCCAGUCAAUGGCUUGGUCAAACUGAUGCAGCAGUUAGCAAUCUCCAGCAUAGUUCUUUAACCAACAGGAAGUUGAUCCAUAACAUUGACUACAAAUUCUCAAGAACUAAAGAAUUAAGUUUUGAAAAUUCUCGUUAUCAUAAUUACAUGGCUGAUUCUGAUACCAAUGCAAAUUCUACAGAAAAUGUUUCGAGUUUUAAGAAGUCAACUGAUGUGAAUAAUGUUAGGCAAAUUCUUAAAGAAAAUGUAAAACAAUAUACCAAAGUUGUAAACACAUUACCAGCAGGAGAUAAUAAGAAUGAUCUCUCUGGUGCAAUGUUUCGACAGAUGGCUGCCUCUUGUGGUAUACAUGUUGAAGACCCAAAAUCUUUUUCUGAUAGUUUCGAUAUGCAGCAGCCAGACAAUGAAUUGACUAAUGAAAUUUUACCUAACAAAAUUACCACAGUGACACUUCAAAAAACUAAGAAUUCUUAUGAGAAUAAAUUGUUGGAUAUUGAACCAGAGAUGCAGUCGAUGAAGCUGGAAUAUUCUGCAAUUGAAGUUGUUUCGAAAAACUCCAUGAUGGAUGCUUGGAAACCUGAGUGGAUGAACAGUGGCCUGUCCAAUAAAGCAAACCCAAGUCCUGAUACCCAGUACAACAUAAUGCCACACCACUCACAAAUCAAUGGAUGUAGCUCAGCAUGUCAAGAUUCUAUAGGUUUUGAAACUUGCAUAGAGAAGGCUAAUGCCUUAAAAUCAGAAAAUGCUGAUUGUAUAACUGUUGGCCAGUUUGAUCUGGUUGGUCAGAACAUCUGCUUCCCUGGAAAUAAAGACUAUCCCAGGAGAAUUACGAAUCUACCAGUGGAAAUAACUAGUGAUGUGACAUCCGAACAAUUGGAACUAGACUCUUUGUCUUCGAAAAUAAACAGUAUGUCUACUCAGACAGAAGUUGUGGAGCCGGUGUACAAAAGUUCAGGACAAACAGUGACUUCCAACAAAGGAAACCAAAUAAGUGUUUUGAUGAUGGAUGCUGCUGUUAAUGUUAAUCUCUGUGGAUGUGCAGAUAAAGGGAAGACUAGCAGUGCCAAAGAAAUAUCAACACAAACUGAAUUGCCCUUCAUAAGCAGUGGACAAGAAAAAUCUAUAAAGCAGUGGAUUCCUCCAGCAGACAUUGACAUAAACAAGCCGUUCAUUGCUGAUCAGAACUCAAACACUGGUUUAUUUAAUGGUUAUGGUGACCAAUUUUGUGUAAAAUCAAAUCUUCAGCAGACACCAAAGAGUCAGUUCAGAGAUGCUGCAAAUUAUCCAGAAUACAAUAGCUUUGCAGAUGUUCCUAUUUUCAAUACGCCACCUCAGUCACCUGAAAAUAUUAAUUGCGAUGUCUCCUAUGCUCGUAACACCUUCUGGAACAACAACAACAACCGGCCUACUGAAUCUCCUUGCUUCCAGGAACAAAACCUGCAAAAUUUGAAUGAAGUAAAACUGGAUUUUAAUCUCUACUGUUUGGUUUUGGAGAAGUUAAAGCAACAGUAUCCAGCUCUAAAUAAAGCACCCCAAGAAUUACAGCUUCUUGCUAAAACUCAAACUCUCGCUCUUCAGGUUCAGAGAUCUCAGAUGCAUUACUCAUUUCCUGAUGAACCCAGAGCAAUCACUAAAACAGUCGGUGCUCCAAAGGAGAUGGAAGCCAAUAAAUUUUUCCAUAAUCUUUCGACUACUGUUUCCUCCGAAAGAGACCUUGAUUAUGUCUCACCUGAUGACUCCACAACCAAUAAUUCAGCCACACGGCGCUAUUCUGAUACUCCAGACUUUAGGUGUUUGCUUAACCCACCUUAUCGAAAGUUUCAGAAUCUGCCAUUUUCUCCAAAAGUGGAUUAUUAUUCAAAACCAGUUUUGCCAGAAAUUUCUUCUAAGAUUUCUCAGAUGGAUUGGGGCUCUGUUGGAUUCAGUCCCAUAAAAUAUGAAGUAACAGACUCUGAAAAAUGCGACGACCUUGAUAAUCUGAAUUCUUCAAAUGCAAUUAUGAAAAAAGCAGUGGAAAAAAGUACCUGGAAUAGCCCUGUAAUGUCCCCUUCAGUUAUCGCAAAAGCUAACCUGAGGUAUCAAAGCCCAAACUCCAAAGACUGCCUUGCUGUCACCCCCAAUGAAUUUCAUGGAAAUAAUUUCCAGCAGGCUUUUAAAAGAAAAAAAAGACUUCAGUUUGCAAUGGAACAGACCAAACGAAAUGUGAAUGCUAAAAUUGAUGCAAAUAUCAGAAAGGGAAAUUAUGAAAGGCUGGUUCAAGUCAUGCAAGAAAGACUGCCAAAUACCGAUAGAACAAAAGUAGAUGACCUCAUUAGAGAAGUAAGGCGUCGUAAAAAUGGGCUUGGUGGUUUGACUAUGAGAGAAAUAGUUCUAGAAGCAAAGUCAAUACUUCAAGAGAAAAAUAAGAUAUUUGCAAAUGUGGUAAACACUGAUAGCCAAUGUGCCUUAUGUGUUGAAGACUUGAAGUUGAAAGCUCAGAAACAGCUGGACUGUGGCCAUAAUUUCCAUGAGGAGUGUAUCAUGGCUUGGGUGCAUCGGCAUGAAAGAUCUUGUCCAACUUGUGGACAGUUGGUAUUGUUUCCUGAAGAAUUUCCUAAACUUUCUUGAGUUUGUUUUGUAAGCUGUUCUCUGCUUGUGGGCAGACUUUACUUUCACAUUAAUUUAGACGCUUUAUCUUGUUCCUACUUUAAAACGGUAUUACUCCUGUUGAGUACGAUAUCUUAACACCAGAACUCGCUUGCUCCCUUUUGCUAUCCCUGUUUCACUAUCUUCGACAGUUAUUACUCGAGCUGAAACUGUUGCAUUAUUAGCAACUUAAUAUAAGACUGAUUCUUGGUAGUCUUAAUUUUCGAUUUAUAAUUCCAUUUAAGCGUUUUGUUUUUUGGGCUUUUUUUUCUCUCUCAGCCGAAAGACGAGAGCCCCACUGCCUGUACUUGUUAUUUCUCAAACGUUUUCUCUUUAUCAUUGCCAUUUUCCAAUGAUAGUUAAGCUUUCAGCUAAAGGUUGGCUGAAUGUAGUUAUCGUAAAGUUUUGGUUAGCUACCAACUAGAUAUUAAAAUACGUAUGGGGUUAUCAGUUUGGUUUUCAGAGAAGUUUUACACGACUUCUCUAAAAGUUAUAAAAAUUCAAUGUCUUUCAAAAUUCAUUUGAAUUAAGACAACUGAUUUUAGAACUAGUCAAUAAAUCUGGCUAGAGGAGUCUCUCCAAGGUAUAUACAUCCUGUACUCGUCUCGGAUUAUUUACACCUGAUUACAUUUUCAUUAAAUUUGAUGAGCCGUGUUGUUAGUCGCUUUCCAAAAGUGUUAAGAAGCUAGAUUUACAGGGAAGGAUAGCUUUAGCUGUUCAAUAAUAAUAAUCUGAACAGUUACUAAUUUUGGGAGCAUGUGAUUUAUAUUUAAUGCUUUGAAGGCAAGUAUUGCCCACAUUUAUAAAAGCAGUUGAAUCGAUACAUGUUUCAAAGUAUUUAAUAAAGUUUCCUUUUAA